AAACAUAGAAUGUGCGGUCUCUAAUUAUUUGUAAAGUUUGAGAAUUCCUUAUAAACAUUCUCCCCUUUCUCUCUCUUUCUUGAGAAAUCUUCUUCUCCACCUCUCUUAGGUGAAGCUGGUGUUAUCUGUUUCACCUCAUAUUCACCAGAAGUUAAGCACAACAUAUUAGGGAAUGCUGAAAGAUGUACUUGAAAUUCGAAAGCUUUUCGGCUGAGGUUAAUGAGGUUUCAGCUCCAUUUGGGCUACUCUUCACUCUUUACGAGGGUCGUUAUUUAACUCGUAGCCUGCAUGAGUUAUGCGCUAAAACGUCGAGAGUGCUUGAUACGGGAAGACAUAUCAUGUCAAAGCAUGAUGUGUGUGGAGCUGGUUGAGGUUUUAACUUCUUGAGAUCAAUUUCGUGAAUAUUUUAUACUAUUUAUAUUGCAUUAGCAAGUAAAGUAGCUUUUAUUUUCGUACGAAUAUUGUAACUCGAAAUGGAGAACAAAGGGCAUGUGUUGAUGCAGAAGUAUGAGAUGGGAAAAUUGUUAGGACAAGGAACUUUUGGUAGGGUGCAUCAUGCGAGGGAUCUUCGAACUGGCAUGAAUGUAGCCAUUAAGAUAAUUGACAAAGAGAAAGUAUUUAAGGUUGGGAUGAUUGAGCAGAUUAAGCGAGAAAUUUCUGUUAUGAGACUGAUUAGGCAUCCAAAUGUUGUGGAGCUAUAUGAGGUAAUGGCGACGAAAACCAAGAUCUACUUUGCUAUGGAAUACAUUAAAGGCGGUGAGCUAUUUAACAAGGUCGCCAAGGGGAAGCUAAAGGAGGAUGUUGCGAGAAAAUACUUCCAACAGCUUAUCAGUGCAGUUGAUUACUGCCAUAGUAGAGGAGUAUGUCAUCGUGAUUUGAAACCAGAAAACUUAUUGUUGGAUGAGAACGGAAAUCUAAAGGUUUCGGAUUUUGGUUUGAGUGCACUUGCUGAAUCCAAGCGACAAGAUGGGUUACUUCACACAACAUGUGGCACCCCUGCAUAUGUUGCUCCGGAAGUAAUUAACAGAAAAGGGUAUGAUGGAGCGAAAGCUGAUAUUUGGUCGUGUGGAGUGAUUUUGUAUGUGCUGUUGGCUGGCUUUCUCCCGUUCCAUGACACAAAUCUGAUGGAGAUGUAUCGGAAAAUUGGGAAGGCGGAGUUUAAAUUCCCGAAUUGGUUUGCACCUGAAGUACGGAAGCUUUUAUCGAAGAUCCUGGAUCCGAAUCCUAAUACAAGGAUUUCCAUGCCGAAAAUAAUGGAAAAUUCUUGGUUUCGUAAAGGGCUAGAACCUCGAUCAAGAAUCACCAAGACAGAUCCAGUAGAACUGGCUUCUGUGGACUGUGAUGCUAUAUUCAAUCCAAAUGUAAGUGGCUGCUCUGUGUCGGAAUCCAGGCAAGAAUUGACAAAGCCUUGUAACUUGAAUGCUUUUGAUAUCAUCUCGUAUUCAUCAGGCUUCGACUUGUCGGGCUUGUUCGAGGAAAAGGAGAAAAAGAAGGAAGUUCGGUUUACUGCAAACCAGACUGCAGCAAGCAUUGUUUCGAAACUCGAAGAUAUUGCUAAGCGACUGCGGUUGAAAAUUAAGAAAAUCGACGGAGGCAUAUUGAAAUUGGAAGGUUCAAGGGAAGGCAGGAAAGGAUUUCUAGGCAUCGAAGCCGAAAUUUUCGAGAUCACUCCUUGUUUCCACUUGGUGGAAAUGAAAAAGUCCAAUGGAGAUACUUUGGAGUAUCAGAAAGUACUGACACAAGAGAUGAGACCUGCACUUCAGGACAUUGUUUGGUCUUGGCAGGGAGAAACUCAACAGCAACAGCCGCAACGAGUAGAGCCACAUGAUGUCCAGCCUGCUCAUGUGUGUGCAUUGCCGGUUAUCCCACCUCAGGUUACAGCCUAAAUAAGAUAAUCUAGUGAUUUAUUUCGACCUUUCCGGGAUCUUUGUCGAUGAAUGUGUAUUAUUAUGAGGAGAAUAUAAUCUACUAUAAUAAACCUAUGUCGCAUAGAGACUUGUAGAGUUCUAUGUUUUGGCGUUUUAUUUCCAUUUCCAGAAACACUUGUAAAAAUUCCGAUCUUGUCAGAGUUCGAUGUUCUGUAUCA